AUGUUGUCUCCAUUGCAUUUCUGUGCGCUGGCAUUCCUCUGUAUCCUACCUGCAAUCGCAGUUCCGGUGCCCAGUGCUUAUUAUGCUUCCCUCGGGGAAGUAAGAACCCACCAGAACAUCCUCAGGAAUGCUCCCAGAUCGAUAUCGACACUGCAAUCGACAACCCAUCGUGUCCCAUCACAGCCCGCAUGCAACAACAUCCCCUCGCGUCUGCUACAGAAACCGCAUAGUCUCUUCAUCAACGCGAAGACCAUCGACUGUGCACCUCGCACCGGGCCCGUCCACACGCUGGGCCAUGGGAAGUCGCCGUCCGCAUUCCCCAUGCUCCGGUCGUUGUCGAGGGUGGAAAGAGUGCUAGCCCCGGUCAUCAUCCUGUUCGCGAUGGUAUGGUUAGCUGCCCUGGCGGUGGGGACCGUCGAAGGUGUGAGCCGGGCGUGGAAACGAUGGUACUACACGGGGGAAUGUGAAGUCGUUGAAGACGUUCUGGAAGAGGUGGUUAUAAGCCUGGGACAGGUGGAAGACGAUUGGGAAGACCAGGAGUUCAUGUGCGUUGAUGCUACGGAGAAGGAUAGUCACUGA